UGCCACAGCCCCAUCAAAUUAUCCACUGACUCCUGAGUAAUGUUCAGUCAGGUGAAAGUUUAGCGUUACAUCCUUUUCACAAGCAGAGUGGACACCGGACGCACAGAAACGUCCUUUUACAUCAAAAACACACACAGACAGGAUGAUAAGCAGAUUUCUGUCCCGCCGUUGGAGUCUGUUGAUGUUCAUCGUAGCAUGUAUCAUUGUCUUUGGGAACUUGCUGGUCCAGUUGCCAUAUACAUUCCAUGACAAGCUUGUCAGUGUUGGUAGUGCUGUGCAGGCCAAGGCAGUCGACAAAACUCACAUUAUUCUAUUGUGGCACUGGCCAUAUGGAAACGCAUUUAGUCUGGAGGGUGGAUACUGCAAAGAGCAUUUCGACAUAUCCAAUUGUAUCAUGGUGGCUGAUCGGUCUCGAUUUCCAGAGGCAGACCUUGUGGUCUUUCACAACUGGGAGCUGGCCCGUACUCAUACUGAACAGUUGCCUGUGAAUCUCACACGUCCAGAGAAGCAGAGGUGGGUUUGGGUGACCAGGGAGAGCCCACUGUUCAAUGGUGAUGUGAAGCCCUUGAAUGGAUACUUUAACUUGACUAUGACCUACCGCCGUGAUUCAGACAUUUACACGCCUUAUGGAAUAAUGCUGCCAAAAAAAACUGUGUCUGAAGAGCCUCUUGAGAAUUUCAUUCCAAAGAACAAGGAUAAGUUGGUUUGUUGGGUAGUCAGCAAUUUUAAACCAAAGUAUUUGCGAACGGCUGUAUACCAAAAACUGAAGAAGGUGAUACCUGUGGAAGUGUACGGGAAAGGGGGUAAUAGGACCAUAGAUCAAGAGGCUUUGACACCCACAAUCUCGCGCUGUUACUUUUACCUAUCGUUCGAAAAUUCUGUCCAUAAAGAUUACAUAACAGAGAAAUUAUGGUACAACGGCUACAGGAGCGGCGCUGUGCCUGUAGUUCUUGGUCCUAGUCGGGAGGAAUAUGAAGCAGUGGCAGACAAAGAUUCUUUCAUCCAUGUAAAUGACUUUAAUACCGUAGAGGAGCUUGGAGUUUUCCUUAAGAAUCUAACUGUGGAUAAGGAGCGCUAUGCCUCAUACUUCAGUUACAGGCGUAAAUACAAUGCUGUGAGGAAGUUUUGGACUGAGAGUCUAUGUAAAUUCUGCCCCACAAUUAGCACCUUGCCACCAUAUAAGGUAUAUGAGGACUUGGAUGCUUGGCAGAAUGCAUGAAAGGCAAAGCUCAUUGUUCAUUGUCACAGAGGAAUUUGUACUGUUUUCUACUGUUACUCCUUGAUAAAAUCAGACACAAAAUGCCAUACAACUUCUGUCCAAACUGGACUAUUGUAUUUCAUUGUUUGAUGGUCGGCCUGCUUGUGUAGUAAGUAACAAAAUAUCCAUUUUUAAAAAAAACUCUAGAUACGUGUUAACAAGGCCUUAAGCAUACAAUCUGGCUCUCUUAAGACUACAUAUCCUGUUCAACUGUUUAAAAAAUAAAA